CCAGUGAUUCCUAUGAUGUUGUCAACAGCCAAUCAGAGCUUCUGAUCAGCAUGAGAUAAUCAGUGUGACCACAGUGAAUUGAUAAAAUUUCAGCAAGCAAAGAUAACUGAUGUUUAAAUGUGCCUUUGUGGUCUUUUGGUCCGGUGUGGGUGCUGAGAUGGCCAAUGAGAACCACGGCAGCCCCCGGGAGGAAGCAUCCUUGCUGAGUCACUCCCCGGGCACCUCCAAUCAGAGCCAGCCCUCUUCUCCAAAGCCCAUCCGCCUGGUGCAGGACCUCCCAGAGGAGCUGGUACAUGCGGGCUGGGAGAAGUGCUGGAGCAGGAGGGAGAACCGGCCCUACUACUUUAACAGAUUCACCAACCAGUCUCUAUGGGAGAUGCCUGUGCUGGGCCAGCACGACGUUAUUUCGGACCCUUUGGGGCUGAAUGCGACCCCACUGCCCCAAGACUCAAGCUUGGUGGAAACCCCUCCAGCUGAGAACAAGUCCCGAAAGCGGCAGCUCUCAGAAGAGCAGCCAAGCGGCAAUGGUGUGAAGAAGCCCAAGAUCGAAAUCCCUGUGACACCCACAGGUCCAUCGGUGCCCAGUUCCCCCAGCAUCCCAGGAACCCCAACACUGAAGAUUUGGGGAACAUCCCCUGAAGAUAAACAGCAGGCAGCUCUCCUCCGACCCACUGAGGUGUACUGGGAUCUCGAUAUCCAGACCAACGCUGUCAUCAAGCACCGGGGCCCUUCAGAGGUGCUGCCCCCGCAUCCCGAGGUGGAGCUGCUCCGCUCCCAGCUCAUCCUGAAGCUUCGGCAGCACUACCGGGAGCUGUGCCAGCAGCGAGAAGGCAUUGAGCCCCCUCGGGAAUCUUUCAACCGCUGGAUGCUGGAACGCAAGGUCGUGGACAAAGGCUCUGACCCCAUGUUGCCAAGCAACUGUGAGCCAGUUGUGUCGCCUUCCAUGUUUCGUGAAAUCAUGAAUGACAUUCCCAUCAGGUUAUCCCGAAUCAAGUUCCGGGAGGAAGCCAAGCGCCUGCUUUUUAAAUACGCAGAGGCGGCCAGGCGGCUCAUCGAGUCCAGGAGUGCAUCCCCUGACAGCAGGAAGGUGGUCAAGUGGAAUGUGGAGGACACCUUCAGCUGGCUGCGGAAGGACCACUCAGCCUCCAAGGAGGACUACAUGGAUCGCCUGGAACAUCUGCGCAAACAGUGUGGCCCCCAUGUCUCGGCCGCGGCCAAGGACUCCGUGGAAGGCAUCUGCAGUAAGAUCUACCACAUCUCCCUGGAUUAUGUCAAACGGAUCCGAGAGAAGCACCUUGCCAUCCUCAAGGAAAACAACAUCCCAGAGGAGGUGGAGGCCCCAGAGGUGGAGCCCCGCCUGGUAUACUGCUACCCAGUACGGCUAGCUGUGUCUGCGCCCCCCAUGCCUAAUGUGGAGAUGCAUAUAGAGAAUAAUGUGGUCUGCAUCCGGUAUAAGGGAGAGAUGGUCAAGGUCAGCCGCAACUACUUCAGUAAGCUGUGGCUCCUUUACCGCUAUAGCUGCAUUGAUGACUCUGCCUUUGAGAAGUUCCUGCCCCGAGUCUGGUGUCUUCUCCGACGGUACCAGAUGAUGUUUGGCGUGGGCCUCUACGAGGGGACAGGCCUGCAGGGAUCGCUGCCAGUGCACGUCUUCGAGGCCCUCCACCGACUCUUCAGUGUCAGCUUUGAGUGUUUUGCCUCACCCCUCAACUGCUACUUCCGCCAGUACUGCUCUGCCUUCCCCGACACAGAUGGCUAUUUUGGCUCCCGCGGGCCCUGCCUGGACUUCUCCCCGCUGAGUGGUUCCUUUGAGGCCAACCCUCCAUUCUGCGAGGAGCUCAUGGAUGCCAUGGUCUCUCACUUCGAGGUGGGUAUGCUGUUUGGGGGUGGAGGAUGGCAAGCAAGAUUGCCAGCACCUGGAGGGCAGCCUCUGACAUCCACCCCGUGCCACCUCCCACAGAAACUUCUUGAGAGCUCACCGGAGCCCCUGUCCUUCAUCGUGUUCAUCCCUGAGUGGCGGGAACCCCCAACACCUGCGCUCACCCGCAUGGAGCAGAGCCGCUUCAAACGCCACCAGCUGGUCCUGCCCGCCUUUGAGCAUGAGUACCGCAGUGGGUCCCAACACGUCUGCAAGAAGGAAGAAAUGCACUACAAGGUGGUCCACAACACAGCCGUGCUCUUCCUGCAGAACGACCCUGGCUUUGCCAAGUGGGGGCCAACUGCCGAGAAGCUGCAGGAGCUGAGCACCGCCUACCGGCAGUCAGGCCGCAGCCAUGGCUCCAGCUCUUCCUCCUCAUCCUCCUCGGAGGCUAAGGACCGGGACUCAGGCCGAGAGCAGGGCCCUAGCCGCGAGUCCCACCCCACCUAACACAUCUUGCGGGGAGGAGGAGCCCCAGGGUGCUAGUAUGGACUGGGACUUGGCUCUUGGGCUGCCAAUGACAUAGGAAGAUUAUGGCUCUGCCAAGGCUCCCCCUCCCUGCCCCGCCCCCCCGCCCCAACUUCCCACCUCAAACUCCAAGUCCCCUGUAAAUAGGCCCCAUACCGCUCCCCACCUUCUGUGCCACCUUGUUUCCUUUGUAAAAGUAAAUAUAGAAACCCUCCGGUAAGAACGAGUGAGGGUUUUGAGGGCAGAGAAAGCUGAGGAACCUGGAGCCUUCUGGGAUCACACCUCUGUACAUCCAGGUUCACCUCAUGACCCCUGGGCCUUAACACCCCACCCCAGGGCUCCAGUGUCUUAACUCCUCACCCUGCUGUCCCCACAACUGGGGCCCUGGUGGCCUCAGCCCGUGCCCAGCAGGUCUGGAGUCCAGAGCCCUGCACCAUCUAUCUGGUAAGUCCCUACUCCCAGAAUUGAGCCUGUGCUAAUCUAUGUGGGGAGCUGAGGGUUGGCAGCUAUGCCCAGGUAGAAAGUUAGACCCCUGCUGGCCUUGGAACCACCACAGUAUGUGGGCAGCCAGGUGUGUUUUACACUCAAGUCAAGGUUCUGGAGGAAACAUAGCUCAGAGCCAUCACAGGCUGCUCCUCGGGGGCCCAGGGGGAGAAGCUGGGGGCCCUCACGGGCUGUGUGGGGCCACUGUACUUACAGAGGCCAGGCUGGACGCGCUGCAGGCUAGGCUGCCUCCACCUCAGUCCCCACUUGUGGCUGUAACAGGCUCCACCUUUCCUUCUCCCCAAGUUCUUGCCUGCUUCAGGCUGUAGCAGCAAGUGGACAAAGUGAGCCAGCUAGGGCUGGACUCUGGUCCCUUUAUUGAGAGUAAGGCCAGUGGGUCCAUCCAAACAAAAAUAAAUUUCUUUUCCAAAGCCUGCCUGCAGGCUGGGGCAACCAGCAUGUCCUGGCUGGUGCCUAUAGCUGCCCCACCCCAACCCCCAUAGCACAGGUCUGGCUCCCUUGGAGUGACAGGAUGCUGGCUGCUCAGUAUCUGGAGAUCCUAGGUGGAGCAGGGAGGUGAGUCCUGGUGAAUUCCCUCCACCCCCAACAGGGCUAGCCCCAAUAUCCAUGGUCUGUGUUGUGCCCCUGGGGCUUAGUCAUCGGUCAGGGUGAUGACGUCGUACUCGAUGCCCUGGUGUUGCAGCUGUUGGAUGUGUUCGGGCACUGUCUCCUCUGUGCCAAAUAGGCCCUGGGCUUGGGCCAUGGCAGCAUCAGCCACCGCUGCCAGGGGAGGGGAAAGGAUGGUGAGCUGAGGCCCCAGAAGCUAGGCCCGGGCCCCAUGGUCUUCAGGGUCCAGCACCAUACCUGUGACAGCUGAGUGUGCUGCAGCCUCCAGCUGGGCCUGUGUGACGAGCUGCUGGCUUGGGGACACAGGCACAUACUGGAUCUGGAGGGGAGAAGCCAAUGAGACGUGGCCUUGGAAGAGCCCUACCCAUGCCCCAGCUUCACCUGGUUCCCCAAGGGCCCUACCUGGGACUCCUGAAGGAAUGGAGCUCCUUGUUCGUACUGGAUGUGUGUGAUCUGGCCCUCCUGUACCUGGAGAGAGGAAGCCAACCUGGUGAUCCUAGAAGGAGGUUGUCCAUCCUCCUCACAUCCCACUCUCACCCUAGGCCUGGCCUACCUGGAUGUGAUGACCCUCUGGGACCACAACAUAUUCCUGAGGGAGCAGGUGCUGAACUCCGUCCUGAGAAAUGAUGUACUGUACCUGAAAGGUGGAGAGGAGGCAGGUGCUAGGGCCCUGCUCACCAAGAGCUUAGUGAGGAUGGUACAGCACUCAUCCUGGGAAGGGUGGUUUGGAAAGUGUUGCUUCUCCCCAGUGUGGGGUCUGGCAGAGGGGCACUCACAGCUGAGGUGUUCAGCAGUAGCUCACCUGGUUGUCGGAGGUCACUAGAUGCUGUACCGUCUGGCCAUCUGCUGUGGUGAUCUCUUGUAUGUAAGUGGCUUCCUCCUGCCACAGCCAAGCCAGCUCUAGCCUCAGCUCUCCAUGUGCCCCACCCCUUCCCUUGACCUGCAGACAGGGCCCCCAGUGCAGGCUCUCACCUGAUUGGUCACUGUCUGCUCCUGGGCCACGAUGAUGUGUUCCUGGCCCAGUGCCUGCUGUAGCUGCUCUGGGCCCAGGACCCCAUGACUGGACUGGAGGGCGGCUGGGCAGAGAGGAGAGGAUGUUCCACUCAGGGGCUCCAGGGAAGUCUGAAAUGCCCUGGCCCCACCAUGGCCCAAGGGUGCUUCCUAGGGCCGUGGCUCAAGUCCCUGGUCUACCCUGGGUCCCCUGGGGCAGCUCACUGUGCAGUGUGGCCAGUGUCUCGUCAUCACUGUUCAGGAUGAUGGUCUGGGUGGGGGUCCCAGCUGGGGCCCGGGCAGUAGGGAUCCCUGCCUUUCUCCCAUCAGGACUAUGUAGCCGCUGGAUGUGGAACUUGAGGUGCCCGUUCCGGUUAAAACUGCAGGGAAGGACGAAGGCUCAGGGGUGGCCCUACCAUGCAUGCCCAGCAGCCCCAGCCUAUCUAUACCCAGUCUCACCGCUGCCCGCAGAGGUGGCAUGAAAAAGGCUUCUCGUUGGUGUGGGUCAGCAUGUGCCGCCGCAGGUCCUUCUUGUUUUUGGAGGCAAAGCUGCACUGGCUGCACUGGUGGGGCCGCAGGCUUGAGUGCUGCACCAUGUGGGCCUGCGGAAGGGGCAGAGUAGGGGGCAUGAGCUGGGUCCGGACAGACAGCUUCCACCGAUAGCAGUCAGGGAACCUAUCCUCUGAGGUGGAUCUGGGAGGAACUGGAUAAAGAGUACAAACCAGACCGAGAUUUGGUGCUAUGUACCUGGGGAAAGCCAGAGGCUCUGUCAUUAGGUCACUGUGAAAAUCCUGUCCCUGCUCUCAGACUCAGCUUAUCCUUAAGGGUACAGGUACGGACGAAGGGACCUCUGACCAUCUCUCCCAGCCCUGACAUUCUAGGGCCCUGGGCUCUGCUCCCCUCACUGAGGUAGUGUGAGGAUUCAGUGUAUGGUUGGAUCUGAAAACGAAAUCCUUGGGUGAAGGGAUUUUUGGGAGGGAGGCCCCCAAACUGGAUCAUGAACCUGCCCCAGAACAUCCCUUGAACUCAACCCUCCGUAUUCUAAAUGACUCGAAUUUCCCUAAGCAUGACGCAUGCAGGCACACCUCCUCCAUGACAUCUAGCAUCCCAAGUCCCCAGGACACGUGCAUCGUUCACUCUGGGGAUACUGUCAGGCAUCAGUCAGGUCUGGUCUCCCCCUAGACUGAGCAGCCUGAGAAACCUGCCGAGUUAUCUCUGACUAGAGAGGGCUGGCUCGAGGGGGUGCUCAGUCAAGGUUUGUGACAACAGAGACACAGGGAGCAGCACCUACCCGGACCUCAGGCCAUUGGCGGGCGCUGAAAGGGCAGUCUGGGCACUUGAAGGCACUCGGCCCAGCAUGGGCCCGUUUGUGACUCUCCAUCUCAGCUCGGCCAUAGAAGGCCUCGGCACAGAUCUUGCAGGAAAACUUCUUUGAUGCUGCAGAUGGUGGGGACGGGGGCACUACCAGGCCCAGGGCUUUACUAGUUGUAGGAGGUGGGGAGGCAGAGCCCUGGGGGUCUUCCACCGGGUGGGCUCUGGCUGGAGAUGAGGACUCAGGGCCGUCUCUGGGUGGCCCCCCACACUGCAGCAGAGGCCACUUGGCUCCAGAGGCCAGAGCAUCAGAACUUGGGAAGGAGAUGGAGCCAUCUGCAGUCAGCUGUGGAGACGGGAGCAUGAGGCACUGAGAGAGGGAGAGAUGGGAAAGGAAAUGGGACGUGGUGAGCUACCCAGCCUCACCUCGAUGUGAUGCAGUUGGGUCCCAUCGGCUGCCAUGAUGUAGUGGGUGCCAGCUUCUUUCAGGGUGUCACUCACAACCACAGCCUGGGCUGCCUCCCCUGGGGGCUCCUCACUGUGGGCAGAGAGGAGGGGAGCGGUGAGUCAGGAUACUAGGAGGGGAUAGAGGGCCCCAACAAAGUCAUCAACCGAGGGGUGAUUGCACCAUAGAUGGACCUCUGGAUUAAAUCCUGGCUCCGCCCUUUGCCAGCCGAACCUC